AAUUGACCGGCGUAGGUUACAUUCAUGAUUCAAUUCUCAUUCUCGACUGAUUUUUACUUCAUUCAAAAUUGUGUUAGGUAUCUAUUUUUCAGAAACUUAUUUCGUGAAGUGAAUUUGUUUGGUGUUUCGGUGUUUGAUUUAUUCCUGUUACGACUAAAUAAUCCGCUAAUCCAAGCAGUCGAUGAUGAAAUCAUUCUACGACGAUCAUGGGUAAUCCUUCUGGCAGUGCCAGUUGCCGGUGACCGAAGGUGCGUUGAAAAAUGCGCGGUUGUAAAAUGUAAUGGGCUGUAAAUCGAGCAAAGAAGGAUUGACUGUAGUAUCGAACAUCGAACCAGUUAAUCAUCAUAUUUGCAUCAACGACGAACCGGUUCAUAUUCUUUUACCGUUGAAGGACGAGCAAGCAUACGACGAAGAAAAUUCCAUCCAUCGUGCACGUUUUGUUCAAGAAUCCGAGCCGAUUAACGAGAAAGUAUCGGACGAAGCCGAAACAGCGGCUGCUAUUAAAAUUCAAGCAGCUUACAGAGGUCAUAAAGUUAGAAUGGAUUUACGAAAGCCAGACGACAACACAACGAAUCUCUUACCCGAAUCUGAAGCCGAAUUAGAAGAAUUAACGAACGCGGCUACCAAAAUACAAGCUUCGUUUCGAGGACAUUUAACGAGAAAAAAUCAAAAAGGUAACGACCAAGAAGCGUUAACUAAAGAAUUGAAACGUCUCGAUACAAAGGAGGAAUCCGAAGAAUUGGAUAUCGAUUUAACGGAUCCAGAUUUAAACAAAGCAGCGACCAAAAUCCAAGCUUCAUUCAGAGGGCACAAGGUACGUAAAGAAGGACCCGAACCGUGCACACCGACCAAAACGAUCCCAGUCACAGCGAAAGACGCAAAGGCAAAAAAAUAAACGAACAGCUCUCGGUGAUCUCGGUUUAGCCGGCCGAGACAUGUUAGCACUUAUUAAGCUGUCUUCGCACAAUUUAAUAAAUUUUAUUCGUAUCACUUUUCGCCUAUUUGUUAAAAAAUGUUUUAAUUUUACAUGAAGAAUUAAAUGUUAUUUAAUACUUUGUUACUGUUAAAAAAAAAAAAAAAAUGAGGAAAAUUUUCAAUUUUUUUUUUUUUAUUUACGUUAAAUGUUGAACCAAACUAGUACAUAUUUUCAUGAUUUACGCUUAAAAAAAAAAAAAAGAUUACGAUACAAGAGCGAUGUGGUUAAUUAACUACCUACGUAGAUUUCAAGGAUGGAUUUUUUUUUCGUAGUUUGGUGUUCGAGAAUGUUUUUUUAAUAAAAAAAAAGAAUAAAAACUUGUAAAACUGUUACUGUUACUGUUUAUUUUUAAAAAGUAGUUUUAUUUUUUAAAUUCUAAAGUCUUACCAUUAUUUAAUUAUACGAUCGUAUGUUUAUGUUCUUUCGCUUAUCUGAGUUGAUAAUUAUAUUUUAUUUAUUGCUAUUU